ACGAGGACGACCUAUAAAAACAACUAAGCGCAGAUCCUCCCGCAUGCAUCUCCCUUUCUGUGCGAGUGCCUUUUCAACUAACUUUGGGAACUCGCAGACCCAGCGUCGCUCGCCGCGCCGCCUCGCCUCCACUUUGAUUUCCCGCGUUCUGCCCGCCCUCUUCCGUGUCUCCUCUUCCUCCGGGCUAAGCAUGGAGGAUUCCUUUAUCCCCUCAACUCUGCCGCCGGCGCCCAACCUCUCCGCACCCAUCUUGCCGGGCUGGGGUCUCAACCUGACUUCCGGGCAGGGAGCCCCCGCCCCGGGGCCGCCCAACCGCCGCGUGCGCCUGGCCGUGCUGGGGGUCAUCCUGGUUGCGGCGGUGGCAGGCAACGCCACCGUGCUGUGCCGCCUGUGCGGCGGCGGCGGGCCCUGGGUGGGUCCCAAGCGUCGCAAGAUGGACUUCCUGCUGUUGCAGCUGGCCCUGGCCGACCUGUACGCGUGCGGGGGCACCGCGCUGUCGCAGCUGGCCUGGGAGCUGCUGGGCGAGCCGCGCGCGGCCGCGGGCGACCUGGCGUGCCGCUCGCUGCAGCUGCUGCAGGCAUCCGGCCGGGGCGCCUCCGCCCACCUCGUGCUGCUCAUCGCCCUCGAGCGCCAGCGCGCCGUGCGCCGUCCGCAGGGCCGGCCGCUGCCCGCGCGCGCCCUCGCCGCCCUGGGCUGGCUGCUGGCGCUGCUGCUGGCGCUGCCCCCGGCCUUCGUGGUGCGCGGGGGCGUCUCCUCGCCGCCUCCCGCCGUGCCCCCCGCCACCGCCCGCGCCUGGCCCGGGGGGCGUCGCUGCCGCAGCAUCUUCGAAGCUCUGCCGCGCUGGCACCUGCAGGUCUACGCGCUCUACGAGGUCGUCGCGGGCUUCGCCGCGCCUGUCGCGGUCAUGGGCAUCGCUUGCGGCCGCCUGCUCUGCGUCUGGUGGCGGCACGGGCCCCAGGCCCCCGCGGGUGCGGCGUCCUCGUCGGCGAGUCCCAGCCGAGCCCCCGCGCCCGACGCGCUGCCCCGCGCCAAGGUGCAGAGCCUCAAGAUGAGCCUGGCGCUGGCGCUGCUCUUCGCGGGCUGCGAGCUGCCCUACUUCGCCGCCCGGCUGGCGGCCGCGUGGUCGUCCGGGCCCGCGGGAGACUGGGAGGGAGGGGGCCUGUCGGCGACGCUGCGCGUCGUGGGGGUGGCCAGCAGCGCUCUCGAUCCCUUCGUCUACCUCUUCUUCCAGGCGGCCGACGGCCGGCUCUGGCGGCGGCUGCGGAGGCGCCUGGGCGCGCUCUGCUGCGUGCGGGAGGGGGUCGCGGAGGACGAUGACGGGGUCGGGGGCCACCAGGUGCUCCACCGCUACCGCUGGCCCCACCCGCAUUAUCACCACGCUCGCCGCGAGCUGGGGGAGGAGGGCUGCCUGCGCCCACCCCCGCCGCGCCCCAGACCCCUGCCUUGCUCCUGUGAAAGCGCCUUCUAGGUGCCGGAUGGCCAGAGACAGCUCGUCUGUCGCAGUGGCGCAGGCUCCAGGGAACACGAGGCCGGCCAGGGUCUGUCCAGCCCA